AUGGUGACGCUUUUCUGUGCGAUCAUCGGUGUGAAAGGAAGCGCGUUCUCAGUGGAAAUUGACGCAAGCCAGUCGGUGGACCACUUGAAGGAUGCCAUUGCGGAAAAGCAGAAGUUUGACUUCGCUGCCAGCAAAUUAGAGCUAUAUCUCGCGAAGAGAGGCGAUGCGUGGCUGGAGUCUGGCACGGAAGACGUCAAGAAGCUGAAAAAGGGCGAGAAGACGGCUCUCAUCGAAGCGCUAAUGAAGGAGGACCAAAAUCUACAGGCAGAGGAUUUGCUGGAAGAAAACAAUAUGCCCACACCGGAGUCGAGACAGAUUCACGUGCUGAUGGUGAUUCCGACCGAAGUAGCUGUAGCUCCACCAAGGAAGCGAGUUAAAUUGUUGCUAGUCGAAGUAAGAACCCCAAGUUCGUUCGCUCGUCGCCGUGUAUGGUCGAAUUUUUUUAUGCAUGAUGGUCGCAUCAUUUGUGAUCGAGUUGAUCGCCCUGAGAAUGUCCGUCCCUUUUUUUGA